AUGGUGAGACAGUGGAAGUAUGAGGAGGAGAAACAGGAGCAGCAGGUGGAAUGUCAGGAAGAAGAAAGGUAUGAGGAGGAGAAACAGGAGCAGCAGGUGGAAUGUCAGGAAGAAGAAAGGAUGGAGGCAGAGAAGAGACAGUGGAAGUAUGAGGAGCAGAAACAGGAGCAGCAGGUGGAAUGUCAGGAAGAAGAAAGGAUGGUGGCAGAGAAGAGACAGUGGAAGUAUGAGGAGGAGAAACAGGAGCAGCAGGUGGAAUGUCAGGAAGAAGAAAGGAUGGAGGCAGAGAAGAGACAGUGGGAGUAUGAGGAGCAGAAACAGGAGCAGCAGGUGGAAUGUCAGGAAGAAGAAAGGAUGGUGGCAGAGAAGAGACAGUGGAAGUAUGAGGAGGAGAAACAGGAGCAGCAGGUGGAAUGUCAGGAAGAAGAAAGGAUGGAGGCAGAGAAGAGACAGUGGGAGUAUGAGGAGCAGAAACAGGAGCAGCAGGUGGAAUGUCAGGAAGAAGAAAGGAUGGUGUGGGAGUAUGAGGAGCAGAAACAGGAGCAGCAGGUGGAAUGUCAGGAAGAAGAAAGGAUGGAGGCAGAGAAGAGACAGUGGAAGUAUGAGGAGCAGAAACAGGAGCAGCAGGAGGAAUGUCAGGAAGAAGAAAGGAUGGAGGCAGAGAAGAGACAGUGGAAGUAUGAGGAGGAGAAACAGGAGCAGCAGGUGGAAUGUCAGGAAGAAGAAAGGAUGGAGGCAGAGAAGAGACAGUGGAAGUAUGAGGAGCAGAAACAGGAGCAGCAGGAGGAAUGUCAGGAAGAAGAAAGGAUGGAGGCAGAGAAGAGACAGUGGAAGUAUGAGGUGAUGGCAGAGAAGAAACAACAGGAGGAGAGGGUGGGAGGUAAAGAAAAGCAGUAGGAGAAAGUGGAGGAGCUAAAAAAGGAGAUGGAGGAGGGGGAGGUGAAGCAGGAGGAAAAGAAGGAAGGAAAGGUGAGGGAGAAUGUCGAAGAAGAGGAGAAGGUGGAGGAGAAAUAGAAGGAAGGAGAGGUGAGGGAGGAUGUUCAAGAAGAGGAGAAGGUGGAGUAGAAAAAGGAAAGGCCUGGUAGUCCUGAAGGAUCUCGUCCAGAAGGGAGAAGUCCCCCAUGUAACUCUCAAAACUCUCCAGGAGGUUCAUGUUGUCCUCCAUCGUUCUGUGACACAGGAUGAGAAGAAGAAGCUUUAAAACCCGUCACAAGACGUCAGACAUCAUGGCAUCAGAGACAUCAAACAGGAAACAUCACAUCCACUGUUACUGGUAACAAACUGAUCUCUGAUCAGUUUCUACAGUCGGAUCCAUGUUUAUCACAGCGACCGAAGCAACAGCUGUUACAUGUGAACCAUUUCAUCUCCAGCACUCUGUUUAAACACCAGUUUCUGAAGAUUAUUGUUGUGUUUUACUUCAUUAAGUGAAACGUUUGGAUUUCAGUUGUGAAUUUAGUUUAUUCUUCAUGUUUUAAACCGAACGCAGUCUCACUGGAGAUACUUGAUGUUUUUGUCUCAGCAGGUUUCAGAUCUAUGAAGAGAAACUUUCAAUUGUGUUGUUAACAUCAGGCUGUGCUUCGUUUUCUUAUCCGGCUCGUUCAGAAACACACUUUUAGGAUCAAACGGAGAUGGAAACAAAAAGGAUUUCUGUUCACAUCCUUCUGCUCAGUUUUAGGUCAGAUGUGAACGAAACAGCCACAGAUCCCAGCUGAGAGUCAGCAUCACUACAGCGACCAGAAACCACCGCGUGUAGAUCUAGAUUAUAAAAGCACAGCUGGAGAAAUCACUUUAUUCAAUUCAAAAGUACUUUAUUAAUCCCAGAGGGUUUAUUCAGCAGCCUUUGCUCUUUUUAAUCAGGAACUCG